CCUGCCCGCUGGCCCGUCCCCCCGCCCAGCACGGACCGAGCGCACCCUGCGCCGCGCAGCCGGCUGGAAAUCCGCGCAGACAUGCUGGCGAGGCGGCGGGCUCUGCUGGGGCUGCUGGCGGCGGCGGCUGCCCUGCUCCCCUGCGUCUGCAGCGCCCCGCCGGUCAGCGCGGAAGAGGCUGAGUUGGAUAACAGCUCUUGUUUACGGAAGGGUACAGGGCUGGAACCAAGGGUGCUGCCGCACCCCCGGCUGGAAGUGGUUUCCAUACAGGGUUUACAGUUUGGUUCAAUGGCUCUCCGCACCCCCACCAUACACAUUGUUCCAGCCCCCCGGGUGGUUCCAGAGGAAUUUCACUUUAAGUCAUGGAUGCUGCAGAACAACAGGAAGUACAGUCUGGAGGAGUAUUACCAAAGGCUGCAGAUUUUUGUUGCCAAUAAGAGACGAAUCGACAGACACAAUGCUGGGAAUCACACGUUUGAAAUGGGUCUAAACCAAUUUUCAGACAUGACAUUCACAGAAGUUAGAAAAAAAUAUCUCUGGAGUGAACCUCAGAACUGCUCGGCCACAAAAGGGAAUUUCCUGGCCAGCUCCGGGCCAUGUCCCUCCGCUAUCGACUGGAGGAAAAAAGGAAACUAUGUGACCCCGGUGAAGAACCAGGGCGGAUGUGGCAGCUGCUGGACCUUUUCCACCACUGGAUGUUUAGAGUCUGCAAUUGCCAUAGCAACAGGAAAGCUACUGUCCCUGGCAGAGCAACAAUUGGUUGACUGUGCUCAGGACUUCAAUAACCAUGGAUGCAAUGGGGGCCUGCCAAGCCAAGCUUUUGAGUACAUCCUGUAUAACAAAGGGCUCCAAGGAGAGGAUACGUAUCCUUACAAGGCUCAGAACGGCACCUGCAAGUUCCAGCCCGAAAAGGCUAUCGCUUUCGUCAAAGAUGUUGUCAAUAUCACCCUGUACGAUGAGCCGGGCAUGGUGGAAGCGGUGGGGAAGCAUAAUCCAGUUAGCUUCGCUUUUGAGGUGACUGGUGACUUCAUGAGCUACCGUAAAGGCAUUUACUCCAACCCAACGUGUGAUAAGACUCCAGACAAAGUGAACCAUGCAGUUCUGGCUGUGGGUUAUGGAGAAGAAAAUGGAACUCCCUAUUGGAUCGUUAAAAACUCUUGGGGCCCACUCUGGGGCAUGGACGGCUACUUCCUUAUUGAACGUGGCAAGAAUAUGUGCGGUCUCGCUGCAUGUGCAUCUUAUCCAAUUCCUCAGGUCUAAGGCGGGGUCAAUGGCUGGGAAGAGCGGCCAAGGAAAGGAACCAGUCUAUUGUGUCAGAGUCUCCUAAACCCCAAAGUUCAGUACGUCAGGAAAAACGAGAGCUGGCAAAGUCCCACUAAGGGCCUGAUCCUGCAAUGAGCUCCCGCAGGCAGACUCCUGCAUUUGUGCAGUGCUCAUUACAGGAGACAGACCUAAAUCACCUCCUUCAAAUACAUGUAUGUUUCUCUAUAGCAGCGGAUUUCAAACUGGGGUCCUUCCAGGGGGUCCGCGAGUCAAGUCCGAGGCCGCUGGUCCUGCUGAUCAACUCCUCCCUUUCCCUCCCAGUGCCUCCUGCACGCUGCGGAACUGGCGCACUCGGGGAGGGGGCGGAAAGAGGUGGGGCAGGUGUGGGGC